GGGCUGAUGGGCAGUUGUCAGGGUUACCGGAGCCGGGGGGCGGGGCCAGGAGCAGACUCUCCGGGAGAAGAUGAAGGAUCCGGUCGGAUUCCUAAGGCGGCAGCAGGAGGCGGAGAGCGAGGAGGGAACCGAGCGCUGGGGCCGCAUGGAGUCCUUCUACACCAGGAGGCUCUGGCAUCAGCUCACUGUGGAAUUGCUGGAGUUCACACUGACCCCAUCCUUUGCCUCAGGAGAUAAUCUAUUAAAGCUGUACGACAACUUCAUCAGUGACUUUGAGCACAGAAUAAACCCGCUGUCACUGGUGGAAAUUAUUCUCCGUGUAGUCCGACAAAUGAGCGAUGCACAAAUGGCACUGAAUUUACUGGAAAAGACCUGUGAAAAAGUGAAAGCAAAUGAUGAAGCAAUGAUUCUCUGCAGAACUGCCAUCGCUGCCAUUAAAAUCAAAAUCGGAGACCUGCAGGAAACAAAGAAGAUUGUUGAAGAAGUUGGUGAAAUGUUGGAGAAGUUACCAGGAGUGACAUCUGUUCAUGGCCGUUUCUAUGACACUUCGAGCAGCUACUAUCAGGUGGUGGGAGAUCACGCUGCUUAUUACAGGGAGGCACUGCGUUACCUGGGCUGCACCGAACUCUCAGAAUUGUCAAUGGGUUCACAGCAACAGCGAGCAUUCACAUUAGGCCUGGCAGCUUUGCUAGGAGAAGGAAUUUAUAAUUUUGGAGAACUGCUGAUGCACCCAAUUCUGGAGUCUCUGCGCAAUACAGAGAACCAGUGGCUCAUUGACACUCUGUAUGCUUUUAAUGGGGGUGAUGUGGAGACCUUCUUCGUUUUGAAAACACACUGGGGAGCCCAGUCUGACCUGGCCAGCAAUGAAAGCCGACUGAAAGAAAAGCUGCAGCUACUCUGCCUUAUGGAGAUGGUGUUUACAAGACCAGCCAAUCAUCGGCAGAUGACAUUCCAGGAAAUAUCCCAUCAGGCUAAAGUGCCCAUUGGCGAGGUUGAAAUGCUUGUGAUGAAAGCAUUGUCCACUGGGCUGGUUAAAGGGAGCAUUGAUGAGGUGGACCACAAGGUUCACAUGACCUGGGUUCAGCCACGUGUCAUGGACCUGCAGCAGGUAUCUGCCAUGAAAGCACGCCUGGAAGCUUGGUGUGCAGAUGUGAAGAACAUCUCCAUCCUUGUUGAAGAUCACGCACAUGAAGUCCUUGGGUGAAAGAAUCCCUGUUUACCCAGCAGUAAGUGUGACAAUGUGACACUUCCUGAAAGAAAAAGCUGUUUCGACGUUACUGUUAUUUGUUGUGUUUUCUGUAAAGUAGCUGGUUAAAUCCUUGUUGUAAACGUGAAAUAAAUUUAGGUUUGGUCAUGUCAUUGAAUGCAGUAAACAUGAUGCCUCAUGCUUACAUGGACGACUAGAAGGCCAACCUUACGGUUAAACAUUUA